UCUUAAAUGAAAACAUACUUUAGUUUUCAGUUAGAAUUUUUUCUAAGCUCUUUACUCAAUCGCCGAAAUAGUCAGGAAAAUAUGGUAAAAAAAAUAUAUUAAAAUAGCUGAGUGGUAAAGGCGCUCGACUGCCAAUGUCGAAAAUGUGUGGUCCCGGGUCCAUUUCUCACCGAAAACUUUUAUUUUUUUUUUGUUUCAGUCAAUGGUAGACUAUUCUACCAAUGCAAAGGGUAGGCAGAUGGUAGAGGAUCUACUUUACCCUACUUUAAAAAAAAACGACGGUUUCCGUCCAAAUGGUAGCAGCUUCUACCAAAAAGUAGCAUGUUGCUACCAAAUGGUAGCCAAAAGCAGUGAAAAAGUAGAAAUCAGAAAUUGAGAGUGCAUAAUAUGUUGUUGUAUCUGAAGAUUGUAGUCCGAUUCUUGACAUGCCACCGAUUUCUCCAUCUGAAUUAAGUCAAAAUGAUGAAAAUUCACCCUACAACAACUCCCGAAACUCUCACAAUCAACAACAGCUAUAGUCUCACAACAGGAUGUGAUAAAGAUACAAGUACAGACUGUGUGAAAAGCGAAGAGGACAGCGUGUUCAAGCCAAGGUUUCACAGUACGCAGAAACCAAAACGCCUUAGAGUGGACAAAUCAUAUAUUCAAUCAAGAGAGACAGAACUAGCGAUUGCUUCUGUGAAUUUCAAAAAGUUACCAACAAAUCAGUUUAUCCUUACUCUCCCAAAUGAGGGAGAAGAAGUUUGGGAAAUUAACCAACAUAUCGUUGCAGCCAUGAGGGCUGGAAAACUGUCCCAACACAUCAAUGCAUUUAUUUUGAUAUGUGCAAAACACCUUCCGAAGACAGUGUCAUUGGAGAAACGGCAGAAACCAGUCCAGAAAGACUAUGACUAUGGCUACUUUUCUGAAAAAAAAAAUAGAAAAUUUGUCUUGGAUGACGACCAAGACCAACAAACACAGGAACUGACUUCUGAUGAAGAAUCGACGUAGAUUGGGAAAUUCAGAAACAUUUCUUUCUUACUUUGAUUUGUUUCGUCUACCAUUUUCGGAACCUAGUGAUCCAUAUGGUGCUCGGGAUUCCUGCUGCUGCCGACAAUGUCAUUUCUCAUUUAUCGUUAUUUUGUACUAUUUAUUGUUGGAUGCUCAUGACUCUUCGUCUAACCCAUUAUUGAUACGUUAUGUGCUCUAAUCAUAGUAACAAGGUCACAACAGUUAUUCCGCCGUUUAUGUCGUAUGUUGGUUUCGUUAUUGUUAAUAAACGAAGGAAUGUCAUGUUGAAUAAUCGGUCCAAUUGAUAUUCCGUAAUUUGAA